CCGGUCACGUGAUCCGCCCCACCGGAACGGAGCGGAGCCGCGGUGCCCCUACGAGGAGCGGGCGGUGCGGGGAUGUUCCCGCAGGGGCGGCACCCGCCCGGGCAGCCCUUCAAGUUCUCGGUUUUGGAGAUCUGCGAACGGAUCAAGGAGGAGUUCCAGUUCCUGCAGGCGCAGUACCACAGCCUGAAGCUGGAGUGCGAGAAGCUGCUGAGCGAGAAGACCGAGAUGCAGCGGCAUUAUGUCAUGUACUAUGAGAUGUCCUACGGGCUGAACAUCGAGAUGCACAAACAGGCAGAGAUUGUCAAGAGGCUGAGUGCCAUCUGUGCCCAGAUUGUGCCUUUCCUGACGCAGGAGCACCAGCAGCAGGUCCUGCAGGCAGUGGAGCGGGCCAAGCAGGUCACCAUGGGAGAGCUCAACAGCAUCGUGGGGCAGCAGCAGCUGCAGCACCUCUCUCAUCAGCCCCCCCAUUUGCCACUGACCCCCCACCCCUCUGGUGUGCACAGCCUGCCUGGGGGGGCCGCGGGGCUGCUGGCCCUGUCGGGGGCACUGAUGGCACAGUCACAGCUGGCAGCCAAGGAGGAGAAAGCCGCGCAGGAGAGCAGAGAGCGCAGCCCCAGCCGGAGCGUGUCGGCAUCUCCAGAGAGCCCUCCUGACGAGGAGAUGGGGCUGAAGCGGAACCAGGAGGAGAAGGAGCCGCCUGGGCGUUAUGACAGCGACGGGGACAAGAGUGACGACAACCUGGUGGUGGAUGAGGACCCCCCCUCGGAGCCCAACAGCCCUGGCAGCCGCCCUCCCCCAGCCCAGGAUGUCCCCGAGAGCCCAGCCUCCAGCCGCAGCCCCACGCCGUGCCGACGGAAGGAGCCGGGGCUGCCAGACCCCCCCAUGGCCAUGUCCUCCUCGUCCCCCCCACCCCGUGAUGCCCUCACACCUGGUGUGGGGCCCAGCUCAGCCACCCUCAGCCUGCAGCCAAGGAUCCCCCUGCUCUCCGCAGCCCCUCCGUCAGCAUCUCCAACCCCUUCACCUCCCUGGGCCUGCUGCCCCACGCCGCUCUCAAUGGAGAGCUGCCAUCCUCUGGUGUGUACGUGGGCCUCCAGCUCCCAGCACAGCUCAGCAGUGCCGUGUACGGGCGCUCAGCCCCGGUGGCUUUCGAGUCACACCCUCACCUGAGAGCCUCCACGCUGCCAUCAUCCCUCCCCAGCACCCCUGUGGGGAAACCGUAAGUGGAGAUGGAGGGACGGAGGGGACAAGAGGGGGGGGGACGGGACGCCGCCAUGGCAGCGCAGCAGUGGGGCCGU